AUGCAGUUACUUUCAUUGAAUUUUCUUAUAUACAGCGUGAGUGGUAUAUGGCGGCCGGUCGAGUGGUCGUCGAGCUGCGCUAAGUUGUUGUACAAUGCGUUCACUAUCUACACGAUACUCUCGUUGUACCUUUUCACGCUGACACAAUUCAUGGAUAUCCUUCUUAUCGUUGAUAACGUAGACGAUUUCAGUAAUAAUUCUCUAAUGUUCGUGAGUUGUAUUACCGUUUGUUGCAAGUCGACGAUCAUCGUAUUACGUCGGAACGCGAUCAUCGAUUUGGUGGAGAUGUUGCUGAGAGAUCCGUAUAAACCUUGCAAUGAGGAUGAAUUAGCCAUACAAGCGACAUUCGACAAAUUUAUUCGGUUAUGCUCGAUAAAAUAUUUGCUUUUGGCAGAAAUGUCAGUAAUAGGCGCUGCGUUCAGAGCGCUACUGAACGCCACAGAGGGUCAUUUACCUUACAGAGCGUGGCUGCCUUACGAUUGGAAUAAAUCUCCGAUGUUUCUGGUCACGAUAAUGUAUCAGCUCAUCGCUAUAUUCUUAGGCGCUCUCGUCAACGUUGGCACAGAAACUAUGAUAUUCGGCCUUAUUUUGCAAACGUGUGCCCAGUUAGACAUUCUCAAGAGUCGUCUCAAUAAAUCCGUGAUUAAAACAAUUACUGGCUACCAAGAGAAGCGCUCGCUUUCCCGGACAAGUAAGAAACGAGUAACAAUUUCGGAACUCAUACGUCAUCAUCUCAGCAUUUACAGAUAUGCGAAUAAAGUGAACAGUGUAUUCAAUCAAGUGCUCUUUGUACAAUUUUUCGGCAGUAUAAUUGUGUUGUGUACAAGUGUAUAUUAUGUGGUGUUACAUAUCAGGGAUAAAGAGGCUCCAGGUAUUUUAGCGUUCAACGUUUGCAUGUUCGUGCAGAUCUUCGUUUAUUGCUGGUCCGGAAACGAGGUUAUUUUGAAGAGCGCAAGCUUAGCGGACGCUGUGUAUAAUGUAGACUGGUCUUCACUGUCGAUCAGAGAACGCAAAGAUCUGCUGAUGAUCAUGAUGCGCAGCACGGUUCCUAUUAAGUUCACCAGCAGCUUCUUGAUAACUUUGUCUCUCGAAUCUUACAGCAACAUUCUGAAAACGUCAUAUUCGGCAUUCAGUGUACUUCAGUCCUUGUGUGGUAUAUGGCGGCCCGUCGAGUGGUCGUCAAGCUGCGCUAAGUUAUUGUAUAAUGCCUUCACUGUUUACACGAUAGUCUCGUUGUACGUUUUCACGCUGACACAAUUCAUGGAUAUCCUUCUUAUCGUUGACAACGUUGAUGAUUUCAGUAAUAAUUCUCUAAUGUUCGUGACUUUUAUUACUGUUUGUUGCAAAUCUACGAUCGUUAUAUUACGCCGAAACUCAAUCAUCGACUUGGUGGAGAUGUUGCUGAGAGACCCGUAUAAACCUCGCAAUAAGGAUGAAUUGGCUAUACAAACGACAUUCGACAAAUUUAUUCGAUUAUGCUCGAUAAAAUAUUUGCUUUUGGCAACAUUGUCACUAUUGGGAGGUAUGUUCCGAGCGCUAAAGGGCACCGCAGAGGGUAAUUUACCCUUUAGAGUGUGGCUGCCUUACGAUUGGAAUAAAUCACCGAUGUUUCUAAUCACGAUAAUCCAUCAGCUGAUCACUGUGCUCUUAGGCACUCUCGUCAACGUCGGUACAGAAACUGUGGUAUUCGGUCUUAUCUUGCAAACGAGCGCCCAGUUAGACAUUUUCAAGUGUCGUAUUAACGAAUCGCUGAUUAAAAAAAUGUCUGGUUACCAAGAGGAUUGUCUGCUUUCCCGGACAAAUAAAAAACAAGCAACAAUUUCGAAAUUCAUACGUCAUCAUCUCAGCAUUUACACAUAUGCAAAUAAGGUAAAUAGUGUAUUCAACCAAGUGCUCUUCGUUCAAUUUUUCGGCAGUAUAUUGGUGUUGUGUACUUGCGUAUAUUAUGUGUCGAUGCAUAUCGGGGAGACAGAGGCUACGGGUAUUCUGGCGUACACCAUUUGCAUGUUCGUACAGAUCUUCGUUUAUUGCUGGUCCGGAAAUGAGGUUACUUUGAAGGUGCAAUUUAGCACGAGCUUAGCAGACGCGGUGUAUGAAGUAGACUGGUCUUCAUUGUCGAUCAGAGAACGCAAAGAUCUGCUGAUGAUCAUGAUGCGCAGCACGGUCCCUAUAAAAUUCACCAGCAGCUUCUUGAUAACUUUGUCUCUCGAAUCUUACAGCAACAUUCUGAAAACGUCAUAUUCGGCAUUCAGUGUACUCCAGUCCUGA